AUGGCCGGCGAUAAUGCUGCGCUCAUCCUCGCGGUCUCUUGGACAGAGACAUCUAUUGGUUUAAUCAUGUUUGGCCUGCGGUUUGUGAGUAAUUGGAAGUUUGUAGGACGGUUUCGAUGGGACAUUGCGGUUGCUACAUUGACAGUCGCGAUCGAGGUCAUUGCUCAGAUUUUCCUGCAGCUUUCGGUCAAUGCAGGCAUGGGUCAUCAUUUGGAAGAUGUAUCCAAGGAGCAGCGAAUUGUGGCGCUGCAUUGGUCUUGGGUAUUCCAGUUACUCGCAAUCGCCGCUAGUAUGCUUGGAAAGCUUGCGAUUCUCGCGUUCCUCAUCCAGAUUCGUGGUCGUCAUGAGAGAAAGCCAUGGUUUUUGAUAGUUCUGGGUGUUCUCAUUGCGGCAAUCAAUAUUGCUGUUCUUGGGACGAUUCUUGGACAAUGUCAGCCAAUGCAUAAAUUAUGGGAUGAUGAUGUUGUCGGAACAUGCGACCCAGGGCGCAAGAUGAAUCAGAACUAUUCAUUUUUCCAAGCCAGCUUUAACGCAUUUAGCGACGCUUUGUUGGCGACCUACCCGGUUCAUCUGUUCUGGAAGCUCCAGAUGAAGCUGCGCAUCAAACUCGCAUUAUCUGUCCUCAUGGGAAUGGGGUGGAUAGCGGCAGUUUGCUCCGCUGUCAAGACAUACGAGCUCAAGGCGUUGACUACCACAAAAGACAUUACCUACGCUCAAUCCUCCCUUCUCAUCUGGGCUUCGACAGAAGCUUGGAUCGUCAUCAUCGUCGGUUGCGUACCCCCCAUCCGACCGCUCAUGGAACGGGUGUUGCAGCACUUCGGCUUCUCCUCGAAGAAAACGUCAACGCCCUAUCACAAUUCGAGUGCACACGCAGCAUAUGGCACAAACAAGUCCCAUCUGGCGAGCCACUCGAACUAUCAGUCCAACGCAUAUGGGGGCAGAGGGCCGUUUGGUGACGAAGAGGAGGGCACAGGUUGGAUGGAACUUACAACGACCGCGGGACCAAACGGAAGCAAGGAGCACAUUGUGAAGGGUGGCAAAGACGUUGUGGUUACGACCGAUAUUGUGACGCGGUUUGAGGAAACGGAGGGUCACGGCGGCCCGCCCUCAGCUGACAGUAGCAUCUCUGCCGAAGACUUGAUUCGGGAGCGAGCUCACGAUUUCCGCAAAGGUGUUUAA